GAUGUUAAUCAGUUAAUAAAAAUCAAGUAAUUCUUCUUUGUAUAUCCAGCACUCACAGUUAAAAUGUGGAAGGAACUCGCAAUUGUGCUGGGAUUAGUCAGCUAUACAGUUACAGGGUUUCAAGUCCAUGAAACAAUUCACUACGGGGGUAACGGUGCACCAAGAACUUAUCAUUACGAAAGUCCUGGAGGAGCUGUCCACACCGAAGUGCAUGUCGGUAUUGGUGGAGGAGGAGGGACGGGAGGAGCAGUAGCAGGUCAAGCAGGAGGUAAUAAUAACAAUGGAUAUCAAGGCUACAAUAAUGGAUACAACUAUAAUGGAUACAAUUAUAAUGAAUACAAUUAUGGCAACAAUAACGGGUAUUCUCAAAAUCAACAGUACCAGUAUAGCUACAAUAAUCCUGUCAGAUAUAACACUUACUACUAUCAAGGAGCCAAUGUGAAUGGCGAAUCUAAUGGAGGACAGCAAAAUGGUGGUAACGUUAAUUAUAAUCUAAAAGUUAAUGUACAUGGAGAAGGCAAUGGAGGUCAGCAAAACGAAGGUUACAAUAAUUAUAAUGUUAAUGUAAAUGGAGAAGCCAAUGGAGGUCAGCAAAACGGAGGUUACAAUAAUUAUAAUGCUUAUGUAAAUGGUGAAGCUAAUGGAGGACAGCAAAAUGGUGGCAACGCUAAUUAUAAUUACAAUGUUAAUGUAAAUGAAGAAGCUAAUGGAGGUCAGGAAAACGGAGGUUACAAUAAUUAUAAUGCUUAUGUAAAUGGAGGGGCUAAUGGAGGACAGCAAAAUGGUGGCAACGCUAAUUAUAAUUACAAUGUUAAUGUAAAUGGAGAAGCCAAUGGAGGUCAGCAAAACGGAGGUUACAAUAAUUAUAAUGCUUAUGUAAAUGGAGAAGCUAAUCCAGGACAACAAAAUGGCGGUUACAAUAAUUAUAAUAUUUAUGCCAAUGUAAAUGGAGAACCUAAUGGAGAACAGCAAAAUGGUGGUUACGCUAAUUAUAAUUAUUAUGGAUAUUAUCCUCCAAAUUAUUAUUAUUAUAAUGCUGAUGGAACCAUUAACAAGGACGCUGAAAACUCUCCUCCAAAUAACAAUGAAUUUAAUGCUAACGUAAAUUACUACAAUAACUAUCAGGGAUAUUACAAUAAUUAUCCGCCAAAUAAUAUGCAAUACAGAUACUAUACAGGUGGAGACCAGUUUCAUCUAGAAGUGGAUAAAGGAGGGCUGACGAAAGUUGACAAAACAAUUAAUCUUCCUGACUAUAAAGGAAACGGAGCUAUGGCCAAUUUCAACAUUGAUGUUAAUGGUAACGGAGACGGAGCAGCUUUUUAUAACUUUCAACAACCGAGUAGCAAUCAAAAUGCAGGAGGAGAAACUUACAACUAUUAUUAUUUACCACCACAGUUCCCAGGACCUCCUCCUGGACCUGAACCAUAUCCUGUGCCUGUACCAUAUCCUGUGCCAAUGCCGUAUCCUGGACCACCCGGAGCAUAUCCAGUGCCACUACCAUAUCCUGGACCGCCCGGAGCAUAUCCUAUACCACCCGGAGCAUAUCCUGGACCAUUUCCUUUCCCGCCAUUUCCACCAGAUUUCACCCCGAUUCCCAUGACAACUGGCCCAGAAGAAACAACUGGUAGUGGAGUUACGGCCACCACAGCCUCACAAGUUGAUACAACAGGGACAGGAACUGCUACAACAGGCACUGGCACUACUGGAACUGCUACAGCAAGCACUGGCACUACUGGAACGGCUACAACCGGUACUGAUACGACUGGAACUACUGAAACUGGAACAACUGGUACUGGUACUACUGGAACUGCUACAACAGGCACUGGUACUACUGGAACAGGAACUGCUACUACUGGAACAGGAACUCCUGGAACAGGUUCAGGGGGCAAUGGAAAUGGAGGGGCGGGUGGCAGUGGAGGUGGAUCAGGAGGCAAUGGAGGUGCAGGUGGUGGAGCAGCAGCAUUUGGUGGAGGAGCAGCAGGUGGUGGACGAGGAGCAGGUGGUGGAGGAGCAGCAGCAGCAGCAGCUGGUGGUGGAGGAGCAGCAGCAGCAGCAGGUGGUGGAGGAGCAGCAGCAGCAGGUGGUGGAGGAGGACAGGGAGGUGGCAUGAGACGUAGUGCAAAUGGUUACUACAAUAGGAACAAUAAAGUUAGAAAAAGUAGAGACGGUAAGAGAGGAAAACAAGGAAAUGCUAAAGAUGGUUACUACUUUAUAGAAUACAUAUAUGAGCCAGAUGGAGAAACCAAAACAGUUACAAUUCCUGCUGAUGCUCUGUCGGCAGGCAUUAGAGCAAAAUACGAAGCAGCUGAAGGCAAUAACGGUGUUGUUGAUGAGUAUUACGUCAUCUAUCAAGAUGAUGGCAAUGGAGGAGUUACAUCGAUAAUCGUACCCGCAUCUGACUAUAAGACUGAUGGCAAUAACGAAGUGGGGUACUUUGCUUUCCGAUAAGACAAGAACAUAGCUUCACCAACUGCAAAAACGAAGGAGAAUUUCGCAUUAGUUCAUUGUUCACUCCUCCAUUAGAAGAUACAGGGUAACUGGAUUUUACGUUCAAAGAAAAUAGAAAACUUGCAAUCACCAUUUUCUCUAAUGUAUCAAGUAAAUAUUCCUUGUAUUGUACUGUGAAUGAGUGUCGUAUCCAUGCAUUAAAAUUUAUUUGGUAUCA